AUGUGUUUAGUUCUGUACCUGCCCUCACCCCCUCACCCCCUCACCCCCUCACCUCCUCACCCCCUCACCUCCUCACCCCCUCACCUCCUCACCUCCUCACUUCCUCACCUCCUCACCCCCUCACCUCCUCACCCCCUCACCCCCUCACCACCUCACCCCCUCACCUCCUCACCCCCUCACCUCCUCACUUCCUCACCCCCUCACCUCCUCACCCCCUCACCUCCUCACCCCCCACCUCACCUCACCCCCUCACCUCCUCACCUCCUCACCUCCUCACCCCCUCACCUCCUCACCCCCUCACCCCCUCACCUCCUCACCCCCUCACCUACUCACCGCCUCACCCCCUCACCUCCUCACUUCCUCACCCCCUCACCUCCUCACCCCCUCACCUCCUCACCCCCUCACCUCCUCACUUCCUCAACCCCUCACCUCCUCACCCCCUCACCUCCUCACUUCCUCACCCCCUCACCCCCUCACCUCCUCACCUCCUCACCCCCUCACCUCCUCACCCCCUCACCCCCUCACCACCUCACCUCCUCACCCCCUCACCUCCUCACCCCCUCACCUCCUCACUUCCUCACCCCCUCACCUCCUCACCCCCUCACCUCCUCACCCCCUCACCUCCUCACCCCCUCACCUCCUCACUUCCUCACCCCCUCACCUCCUCACCCCCUCACCUCCUCACCUCCUCACCUCCUCACCCCCUCACCUCCUCACCCCCUCACCCCCUCACCUCCUCACCCCCUCACCUACUCACCGCCUCACCCCCUCACCUCCUCACUUCCUCACCCCCUCACCUCCUCACCCCCUCACCUCCUCACCCCCUCACCUCCUCACUUCCUCAACCCCUCACCUCCUCACCCCCUCACCUCCUCACUUCCUCACCCCCUCACCCCCUCACCUCCUCACCUCCUCACCCCCUCACCUCCUCACCCCCUCACCUCCUCACCCCCUCACCUCCUCACCCCCUCACCCCCUCACCUCCUCACCCCCUCACCACCCCCUCACCCCUCACCCCUCACCUCCUCACCCCCUCACCUCCUCACUUCCUCACCCCCUCACCUCCUCACCUCCUCACCUCCUCACCUCCUCACCUCCUCACCCCCCUCACCUCCUCACUCCCUCACCUCCUCACUUCCUCACCCCCUCACCUCCUCACUUCCUCACCCCCUCACCCCCUCACCUCCUCACCCCCUCACCUCCUCACCUCCUCACCUCCUCACCCCCUCCCUCCUCCUCACUUCCUCACCUCCUCACCUCCUCACCCCCUCACCUCCUCACCCCCUCACCUCCUCACCUCCUCACCUCCUCACCCCCUCACCUCCUCACCCCCUCUCACCUCCUCCUGCUUGUGUUGGAAUAGAGCUGUACCGUUAG